CUUAUCGUUUCAGAAGCGGAAGGGAAGCACCUCCCUCACUUGUCCUUCAUCUACUUCUCCUGUUCAGCAAGCUACUGCACCAGUUUUCAUUCUUGAGAAUUCAUCUCAGUUUCCCAAGAAUUGACAGGCUUCUGCAGUAGCUAGCUAUAUAUAUAGCUCUGUUGGAUCCAUCAAGUUAUCACCAACACUAACACCUAUCUAUCUGUUGAAACUCCAAUGGCUUCCUUCCUCUCUAAAGCGAAUCUCCUUCCCGUUGCCGCUUCCAUUCAUCGACGAGGUCACGCGGCGGCUUCACAUGGCUCUGUGGCAGCUGGCUAUGGAAUGGGAGGGUCCAGGAACGCUAUGGUGAUGAAGCUGGACGAGAGAGUUGGGAUGACGAAGGAAGAGUCUUCGUCUGCUUGGGCACCUGAUCCUCGAACUGGGUACUACAGGCCGGCUAAUAUGGCGGAUGAGAUCGACCCAGUGGAGCUCCGGGAAAUGCUCUUGAACCAGAAAGUGAGGCAGCAGUAAAAGUCCAAUUAUAUCUUGUGUCUUCUGUGUGUUCUUGUUUUAAAUUUAGUCGUUGUCUUUACUUGAAAUGAAUCUCAGUAUGGACUAUGGAGUUUUUUCAUAAUUUAA